UGUUGUUCUCCGAUUCUGGAUGUACCAUUGAUUAGUGUCAACCCGCCCCGUCGCCAUAGCCAAUCCCUGUGCAGCGAUUUGCUACUCGGCCCAUGUACGGGUCAACUCACGCCCGGAGCCAUCUCAUUGCCAAUUCAAACGUCGGACGGACCCGCGCAACUCAACGAGCGAAAGAGCUUACACCUUCUUGACCACCUAAACGCCUCGACACGCACCAAUUGGCUCAAGAUGGCGUCGGGAUACGGCAUGCAUGGCGGCCCCGGCCGUUGCUUUCCCUUCUGGCAGGAGGUCAUGGCCUGCUACGUCGUCAACACCUCGGCCGAUGACGACUCGGGCAAGAAGAAAUGCUCUCCAGUUCUCGAGGACUACUACGAGUGCCUGCACCACAAGAAGGAGCAUGCGAGAGUCCUGGCGAUCCAGGCCGCGUACGCGCGAGCCGAAACCUCGACGGCACGAGACAAUGCGCCGAGCGCGAAGCAAAUACGCAACCUGGGACUUCUAGAUAAGGAGGAGGACACCAAAAAGGUGCUGGGGCAGAGCUAGGCGGCUGGCGCAUCGGCGAGUGCAAUGAAGGGCCGGAUGGCAUAUGCGUUGUUACACCGGCGCCGACUGUAUAUGACGAAGGAAUAGAUGUCCGUUGACCAUAUUUCAUGUCCAUCUGCUUCAUCGCCGAUGGCAUCCGAACCUGCCUUUAAGCCGUGAACUCCGGCAUUCAGGAAUAGCCUCGCCGGAGGAUGUGUGUAUGUUAUGUUGGAGAGUUCGACUGCCAAGGUGGUUUGAAUACCCAAACACGGGUUGCAAGAAACAACGUGGUUCUGUGCAUCAAAUGCCUUAGCCUGCCGUACGGAUGAUGUCCAGUAUUGUGGUUGGGUAGGUACUCGGAAGGUAGGUCGGUUGCUAGGGGCUCUCGGCCAGCUGCGAGCAGCUGUCUGUCCCUGCCAGUACCAACGCACAGCAUCAAAAUUUCUCUCCAAUAGCCACAGGCGGCAAGAGCGUCAACAUGUGACGGUGACUC